GUUAUCCGCGCCAUCUCUGCCGCGUCUCUCUACAAAACCAGUGACGUCAUCACACACCCAACACAUGUAUUCAGGAAAAAAACGGAGAAAUAAUUAACACAAGCGAUGUUUGUCCGUGCGCCACGGUUCGAUGCCGUCCGCCUGCUCCGGUGCCGCUGCUCCGGUGCCGCUGCUCCGGUGCCGCUGUGGCCAGUCCUAGCACGACCAAACUCGACCCGCUCCGCUUCGUACACGCUCUCGUUGCUGUCCAUCCCAGUCGGUUCCUCGCUUUCUCCCUCGUUGCACUUAGGGUUCUUGGUCCGAAGAUUCUCGCGUCGAAGGAUCAACCAGCCCAAACAGCUCGUCAACACCUGUCCCCUCCUCCUUUGAUGGCAAAACCAGGUUACUGAGACAGUACAGCUGCCUCUAGCAAACCUAGGGCCGUGUACAUAGUGCCCGUCCAUCUUUCUGAUGACGUCUGCCUCCGCGCACAACGAUGAGAUGGGCAUUGUUGCCUACACCGACGGCCUGGAGGCCC